CUGUUGGCCGGAGCUCCGUUUGGAACAACCAGAAGUAAAACCAUCCCUAAGGAACACCUGUCAUCAGCUCAGGACCUGGACACCAUCUGGUCUCUGGGGGGCUACCUGCAGUACUCYGUACUGUUUUAUGGUUACUACGGCAGGGUGAGGAAGAUUGGCAGCGCUGGCUAUCGGCUGCCUCUUGCCUACUUCCUGGUUGGGAUGGCCGUGUUUGCCUACAGCUUCAUCAUUCUGUUACGAAAAAUGGCCAGGAACUCCCGUUUAAGUCUGGCCAGUGCAUCUGACGAGAACUUCACCUUCUGCUGGAGGAUUUUCUGUGCCUGGGAUUACCUGAUCGGAAACCCAGAGGCUGCAGAAUGCAAAGGAGCUGCUAUUGUCAACAACAUCAGGGAAGCCAUCGUGGAGGAGCAGGAGAAGAAGAAGGACACCAGCCUGGCGGUUCUGAUCAGUCUGCGGAUCUUAGCCAACAUACUGGUUCUGCUGUCUUUAGCUGGGAGCAUCUACAUCAUCUACUUUGUGGUGGACCGGUCCCAGAAACUGGAGCAGGAGAAACCAGAGCUGACACUGUGGGAGAAGAAUGAGGUCAGCGUUGUGGUCUCUCUCAUCACCAUGAUCGCUCCGUCUGCCUUUGAGCUGGUGGCCCAGCUGGAGAUGUACCAUCCCAGAACCUCCCUGCGGUUCCAGCUGGCCAGGGUUCUGGUUCUGUACCUGGGGAACCUCUACAGUCUGAUCAUAGCUCUGCUGGAUAAAGUCAACAGCAUGAGUUCAGCUCCUCUGACCUGUGACCUGUGCUGUCCCCAGGAGAUGCUGAAGCUCUCCAUCAUCGACAUGAUCUUCACCGUGGCCAGCAUCCUCCUCAUCGACUUCAUCCGAGGCCUGGUGGUCCGAUAUCUGAGUGACUGCUGCUGCUGGGAUUUAGAGAGCAAGUUUCCUGAAUACGGAGAAUUUAAGAUAGCAGAGAACGUCCUGCACCUGAUUUAUAACCAAGGGAUGAUCUGGAUGGGAGCCUUUUUCUCUCCAUGUCUUCCUGCCUUCAACGUGUUGAAGCUGAUUGGUCUCAUGUAUCUGAGGAGCUGGGCCGUCCUCACCUGUAAUGUUCCUCACCAGCAGGUGUUUCGAGCUUCCAGAUCCAAUAAUUUCUACCUGGCCAUGCUGCUGUUCAUGUUGUUUCUCUGCAUGCUACCCACCAUCUUCGCCAUCGUCAGAUACAGACCCUCUGAGCACUGCGGACCCUUCAGUGGUCAGGAGAAGAUCUAUGACAUCAUCUCAGAGACGGUGGCCACAGACUUCCCCCUGUGGUUCAGUAAAGUUAUGGGUUACGUCACGAGUCCGGUGGUGGUUCUGCCGGGCCUGCUGCUGCUGUUCAUGUUGAUCUACUACCUACAGUCCAUCGCCAGGUCCCUGAAGUUCACCAACAACCAGCUGAGGCUGCAGCUGCAGACAGAAAGGACGGAGGACAAGAAGAAGGUCUUCCAGCUGGCUGCAGCAAGACUUCAGGCUCCAGAACCUUCAGCAGAUAAGAGUCCGGACCAGCAGGAGACCGAUGGGACCAGUAAAGAGGCCUCCAUCCACACCACCCCAUCUCCCAGGAGGAACGGCAGCGUCACAAACUUUCAGUCUCCAGGUAACCGUGGUAACAGCAUCCGGACCAUCAGCCAGUCUGCCUCCAGAACCAAGCUAAACCGUGGACCUGGGUCUGGAUCGGUUCGAAGUCCAGCGGUGACCAUACUGCCYAAACGCCGGACAGAAUACAUCCCUAACAGGCCCAGACCAUUUAUUGGUGGUCCCAGUGGUACCUGCAGGUCCAAGUCCUGCCUCCACAUGGCCUAUACCUCCCCCGCUCACUGUUCUGACAGCAACCGGUCCGAGCCCCUGUACAGGAAGACAGUCCGGCCUGUCCACCCCGCUGAGACCUCCGGGAUCAUCGCAGCUCAGGGGUACAGCGGACGCCGCGGCCACGCCACACGCUAUGUGAUCGUCAACGAGCAUGAGCCCCGCAAGAAGCUGCUCUGUUCGGCUACACGAAUCCCMUGUCACUACGUGAUGGAGGAGCCCACAGAGAUCCUGGAGCUGUACCCGCGCAACAUCAGGCGGUACCCAACCCGCACCCCCCACCACCAACCACACUCCUACCGGGCCCACACACCCCAGCAUCUCAACAAGGAGGAGGAGGAGGAGGAGGAGGAGAGGGGGCGGGACAAAGGCAGGAGGAAGGUGUCUCUAGGAAAAACUCAUCGGCCCCGGUCUUUGUCAGACCUCCACCAACAGGCACAGUUCUACAUCGGUGAGGGUCUGAAUGACCCCCGGGCAGRGAGGUACGGGGUCCAGGAGGACGAUGAAGAAGACGACUGUAAAGGAGACAUGGACUGGGGAGAUCUGGACUUCCCUUCUCCAUCUCAGGUGGGUAGAAAAGUAGCUGAACCGGGCCGAAGCACUCAUUACCUUCGGUACCUCAGAAGACCAUCCCAGUCCCCAUCCAGAACCAGGCACCUGGAGUCUCAUGUGAAGCCUAAGCUGAGGGCCAAGUUGGAGACCCCUCUAACCGAGUCAGACUCGGCCUCUGUGGCCUCCAGCAGCGACCAGCAGAACAGCAGCACGGAUCAGUACAUCCAGGUCAUCCACAACAAGGAGCGCCACCUCAACUCUGAGCCAAAGAACCAGUUCAAGACCAAGUUGGAUCUGAACUUCACCGAGUCUCAGGACCUGGUCUGCUCCAAGGUUUGAUGGAUUCUCUAACUUCUUUGAAUUUCCUGUAAGGAAUGRAAGUCACCCGCUGCCUCGGUCAGAGUUCAAAAUAAAAUCAGUGAUUCUGACUCGUUUGGGUCAAACCUUAAAAACAAUGUGUCUGAUCAGUCAGGCCUUAGAGGACGUGAUGGAGAGGACUCUCAGACACUACCACAACAAACCUUAGCUCAGUAUCUGUCAAACUGACUGACUUACAGACAUUCAUGUGUUUGCUAAGAUGUGGCGGCCAUCUUGAAACAGGUUAAAAUAUUAGAAGACAAACAUCUAUUGAUUAGUUUCUGAUGGUUUGAUUCAAGUUUACCAGCUAGGUUACAACCCKUGWCAAAAAGUCUGGAAUCAGCAGUSUUGGAUGAGCWCUCAUUCAGACAUUUCAURCUGUAAAACAAACUCAGAUCAAAAACAUGAAACAAUAAUAAGGUCAUUCCAAAGGU